GUUUCAGUUCUGACUCCACCUGCUGAGGCUUCAGUCUCUGCUUCAGUCUGAGGAGUCUGGAACUCAGCAGACCGAGCAGGAUGGACGGAGUCCCGCUGAAGAUGCCCCAGGCUGCCGGCUGUCAAACAGUCAGAGAUGAUGUCAAAGUGACUCUGCCUAAUUACCUCACUAUAUUAAGGGAAACAGAGUUUGAGUUCAGCUUGGAGAACUGGGUGUUAACAGGGCUGCAGAACAGCCCCACCAACCAGCAGCGGCCGCAGCCAUUCAGCCCUUCAUCAGAACCUUCGGCAUCCUGUCCUCCAUACUGGAUGAUGUUCAGCAGCCCACAGCAGAGUCGUCUGGCCAGCCGCCACAGUUCUGACUUUUGGGAACCGAACCCUCGCCCUCGCUCCCACAGCCUCACCCUGUCUGUCCUUCGCACCACUUUUGCCAUCUCUGACUCAGAGGACGAAGGAGAGAAUACUGCAAAGAAAGCCGAGAAAGGCCAGACGGCAGAAACAGGCUUAAAGGAAGAGCGUCCGGCUGUUUCAUGUCAGAGUGGUCAAAGAAAAGCACAGAGAGCCUUCGUCCCAGACCUGCUGAAUCCACCGUCCUGUCUGAGCAGCCUGCCGCACAAACGCAGGAAGAACCUGCGGCAGUGUUCUUUCUCAGGCAUGGACACAUCCAACAAAACUCAGUCCAACACAGACAGUCGGUCGUUGAGCCCGUCAUCAUUCAAAGCCCCAAACGACAGCGCUGACACGAUCCGCAAAACCACAGGCCACCAAAAAACAGCAGAAAAGAUGGUCCUCAGCCCAAACUCCUGUAGAACGUACCACCAAGCCUCUCUGAACGGGGGGCUCAGCUCAGCCUUGGACUCAUCUGUGGAGCUCCUGUCGGCUCUGAGCCCAGAGGAGCGGGAGCUGCUUGGGGUCAUCACUGCCCGAGGCUACCCCCUCCGCACCGCCAUCAUCGCCCUGCAGAGGACGGGUCAGCAGACCCCAGAUCAGAUCCUGAGUUACCUGAUAGCAUGUGAGCAUCUGUGUCAGCAGGGCUACGACAAGGCUCAGGUGGAAGAAGCCCUGGAGAUGUUCCAGAACUGUGAAGCAAAGGCUGAGGAAUUCCUCCACCUUCUGAAUCAGUUCAAUGAGAUGGGCUUCCACCCGAACACCAUCAAAGAGGUGCUGCUGGUCCAUGAAAACCACCGAGAGCGCGCGCUGGAGGAGCUGAUGAUGCGCGUGGCCUGAAAACAUGGCAGCACCUACAGUUUAUUAGCAAAGUCUGGAUAAAAAAUGUUAGGAAGAAUAUUGCUGACAUGUUCUUUCUACUUUGUACAGCUCUCUGUUUAAACUGUCUCUAUAUAUCUUAAUAUGUUCUACUCACAGUAAAAGAUGUUUUAGUGUUCAUAAAAACUAAGCAAAUUAA